AUUAUCAUUCAGACCAAAAUGAAUAAAUUACUAAUGAUGAUGAUUUUGAUAGUUGCUUUGUUGACACUAAGCUUUUGUUAUGCAGAUGAAAUACAACAGCAAUUAAUCAGACAGAAUCCUUGCGUUCUUAAACAGACUUGUCAUGAAUGUAUACAAACUCCAACGUGCGCUUGGUGUGCACAACCGAAAUUUGAUGGAAAACGAUGUUAUCAAUCAAGCACGAAACAAUCAUGUGAUGAACGCUAUAUUAAUAAUCCUAAAAAUGAGUACAAGAUGUUGGAUUCGCGUGAACUUCAAAAAGCCAGGAAAAAUACAAAUUCUUAUAUGUCUAGUGUUAGUAGUUCCAGUGGCUCCUCUUCUUCGGCUUCUAAAGGAUCAGCAGCAAGUUCAACACACGAUGCUGUACAAAUAUCUCCUCAACAAGUAUCUCUUAAACUUAGAAUAAAUGAAGCCCAUAGAAUAACUGUAAAUUAUGCACAAGCAGAAGAUUAUCCUGUGGACUUAUAUUAUUUGAUGGACUUAUCUAAUUCAAUGGAAGACGACAAAGAAAAAUUAUCCGCUCUUGGAAAUUUAUUGGCUGAAAGCAUGCGAAAUAUUACCUCAAAUUUUCGACUUGGAUUUGGUAGCUUUGUUGACAAAGUUGUCAUGCCAUAUGUCAAUACAAUGCCGAAAAACUUGGUGAAGCCAUGUCCUCGUUGUGAUGCUCCUCCAUACGGAUUUCAAAAUGUCAUGUCUCUCAGUCAAGAUACUAAUAAAUUUGCCGGUGAGGUCCAAAAAGCACCAGUUUCAGGUAAUUUAGAUGCACCAGAAGGUGGUUUUGAUGCUAUCAUGCAAGCCAUUGUCUGUCGUGAGGAAAUUGGUUGGAGGGAGCGUGCCAGGAGGUUAUUGUUAUUCUCAACCGAUGCCGGAUUUCAUUAUGCUGGUGAUGGAAAACUUGGUGGCAUUAUCAAACCAAAUGAUGGUCGUUGUCAUCUCGAUAAUAGAGGUAGUUACACACAUUCGUCUUUACAAGAUUACCCAUCAAUAUCACAGAUAAAUUUAAAAGUAAGACAAAACUCAAUCAAUAUGAUCUUUGCUGUAACACGAGAACAAAUAAAUGUUUAUGAACGUCUAAUGCAACAUAUCGAAGGAGCUUCAGCUGGUACUCUAUCCGAAAAUUCAGAAAAUGUUGUUGAUUUAGUUAAAGAUCAGUACAGUAAAAUAUCAUCUUCUGUGGAAAUGAGAGAUACAGCAUCCAGUGCUAUAAAAGUCACAUAUUAUUCGAGCUGUCUCGAUAAAGAUGGUGUUUUAAAACAAACAAAUAAAUGUGAUGGACUUAAAGUUGGUACUGUAGUCAAUUUUCAAGCUGAAAUCGAAGUAACAUCAUGUCCACCAAAUCGCAAAGAUUGGACACAGACUUUUCAAAUUUACCCUGUUGGUAUUAAUGAAUCAUUAACUGUGUCAUUAGAUAUGCAGUGUGAAUGCCAGUGUGAAAAUGUUGGUCAUCCUGACUAUGUUGAGAAAUCGCCCGACUGUCGUGGAGCUGGAACAUUAAAGUGUGGUGUUUGUGAAUGUGAUUCCAUGCACUUUGGUCGUAUGUGUGAAUGUGAUGCUAACAAUAAUCGUCAUGGUAAUGAUACAUACAUGGUAUCUGGAUGUCGGUUGAACAAUGACUCGGAAAUAAAUUGUUCAGGUCGUGGAGAAUGUAACUGUGGUCAAUGUGAUUGUCAAGCUAGAUCUAAUCCUGAGGAGAGAGUUUAUGGUACAUACUGUGAAUGUGAUAAUUUCUCAUGUGACCGAUCUGGUGGUGCUUUAUGUGGUGGUUAUGGUACAUGUGACUGUGGUACAUGCAAGUGUAUCCCAGGAUGGACAGGUGUAUCAUGUGAUUGUCAUGAUACAAAUGAAACAUGUAUAAUGGAUGGUAGUAAUGAAAUAUGUUCGGGUCGUGGUACGUGUGAUUGUGGUCAAUGUAAGUGCUCUGAAGAAAAUGGUAUAAGAUAUUCUGGAAAAUACUGUCAAAAAUGCCCAACUUGUCCGGGUAGAUGUCAAGAAUUUAAAGAAUGUAUUCAAUGUCUCGUGUACAAGACUGGUUCUAUGUCACCUGAAGAAUGUGAAAAAAGUUGCACAAUCAAACCAAUCAUAGUAAAAGUAGCUGAAGCUAAUGAAGACAAAGAUGAAAAUAUGUGUUCAUAUUAUGAUCAAGACGAUUGUCGUUUUGCAUAUGUUUACACGUAUGAUCAAAGUGGAAAGAUCGUAAUUCGAGCACAAGAAGAACGUGAAUGUCCUCCUCAAGUUUACUUUAUGGGUAUUAUAUUGGGCGUGAUUGGAGCUAUAGUGUUAAUUGGAAUGGCUCUUUUGCUGCUGUGGAAACUACUAACAACAAUUAAUGAUCGACGAGAAUUUGCGAAGUUUGAAAAAGAGCGUAUGAUUGCCAAAUGGGACACAGCUGAAAAUCCAAUCUACAGACAAGCUACGUCAACAUUCAAAAAUCCUACUUAUAUGGGCAAAUCUUAAUAUCCAAAUGUGUUCAAAACUACAUGUUGUAUACUAACAAAAUCUUAAACACAGAGUAUCUGUCGUUUUUACAGCUUUUGUUAGAAAUUAGAACACGUGCCAUAGAUGUGUAAAUCAUAGUAAAUUAACACUUUGUUUUUUUUAUCAUUUGGGAGUCAUGAAUUAUUAUUAACACAAUUGCAGUAGAACUCAGUAUCUUGUAAAUAAAGAUUCAUUGUUCAUUGUUGUCAAUCUUUAAUUUUCUGCAGCAUUAUUGUAAGCAAAAAAAAAAACAAUUAUAACUUAAACAUGUUACUUAGAAACUUCCUAAUAUUUAUUUUUGUUAAAUGUAUUUUAAUUCCUUUUCUGUAUAUUUUCUCUAUCUUGUUAAUAUUUUAUUUUAAUAUUAUAUUUGAUGUAUACAUAAUUAUUUUCUAUUCUAUUUUUAAAUUAAUCAACAGAUCUCUGAAUUUGAAAUCGAGCUUAUUAGGAAAAAAUACACUUAAAAUAUUAAUUAUUUUCGUCUAGUCUUCCAUCACUAAAACCACCAGUGAAUUCGAACUUAAAAAUAAAUUAACUAUUUUUUUUUGCAAAUAAAAAUACUGAACAUCGAAUUUGUGCCUUUAAUAUUUAUUAGAACUUACAUUUAAAACAGUAUGUAUGAUUUAUACAUAUAUACUAUUUAAUAUUUAUAUGUGUACAUACCUAGUGCCUUAACAAUUAUUGUUUGCGUGCUAAUUUUUUUUUUCGCAUUUUAUCUUUGUAUCAUAACAUUAACGACUGACUUUUGAAUAUAUAAUAUAUUAUGAAUAAAUAAAAAUCGUGUACAAUAUAAUA